UUCUUCUCUCUCUCUCUCUUGUACUUUUUGCACCGAGGAUUACACCCUGCAUGCCGGUUACUGUUUUAUUUUGAUUUUAAUUAAUAAUUAAACGUUAUAAUAAACGAAAAAUAGUGUUUCAAAAUGAUGAAUGGACUAGUGAGAAGUGCCUUGAGAGUUACGGCUUUAAAAAAUGUCAUAACACCGGCAGUAAAUAUUACAAAAACCAAUGUUCAAAUUAAUCGAAUGCUUUGGAACAUGUGCAAUCGAUUAGAGCAUAAUUCUUCAAGUUUAACCAAGGAAGCGAAUAAAAUUCACAGUGAAUUAUGUAAUUGCGGUGGUUGUCGAUCAGCACAUACAAAAGCCGAAAAAGAAUUAGUUGAAUUUCUUGCCGAGGAAAUAGUAGCUGAGAAGAAAGCUCGAAAAUUAAAAACAAUUCCAACAGAUCUCUAUGGAUUUAAAGUAUCUCUCGAUGGAGCUGAAGUACGUCUCGUAAAAGAAGAGGCAGCAGAAACAAUUACAAUUUCCUUCAAUAUUAAUCAUACAAUUAGUGCUGACGAAGAGCCUGAAAUUGAUCCUCAGGAUGACAAAGCAGACGUUGGUGAAAUGAGAAGCAAACCUAAUUUUGAAAUUGACAUUGUAAGAGGGAAUCAAACAUUAUCAUUCACUUGUUCUUAUAAUAGAGAACCUGGAGCGUCUGGUGCUGACGAAAGUUAUAAUGACAUUUUCGGAAUUGACGAAAUUACGCUUUAUGAAGGCGAAUAUUCCGACAAAGUUUAUGCCGUAAGCGGAGAAGUCAUCGAUGGCUACCUCUACGACCUAUUGAUGAACUAUCUUGAGGAGAAGGGAAUAUCAAAUGAAUUCGCAGAAAAAAUGAUGGAACUCAGUACAUCGUACGAGCACACGGCAUACAUUAGUUUACUUGAAGGUCUUUCCAAAUUCACCACACCAAAAUAAAAAAAAAAAAUUUCCAUUUUAUAUUAUUUUGAGUUCAAUAAUAUUUCCAGUGACGUGAAAAUUCGAUUCUCUUCGAAUUACACAAAAACACAAAGACGUAAUUAAUGUAAUUAUAUGCUUAAAAAAUUUUUUUGUUACAGUUAGACGUGUAUUUUAGUUUUAUUUUUCUUUUCCAAACACUAUAGACGAUACUUUUUAGAAAAUGUUACAAUGAUUUUUCAGAAAAAUAAAUUGUGUUGAAAAAAGAAACAA